CCACAGCCGGUGGUAGAGCCCCAGUUGCCGGAACAGGAAGCCGAGGCUCUCAGAUUCCGAGUCAGCCAACGUUCAGUGGGCGCCCCCUGAGCGCUGGGUGCUGGCCGCCGGACUUCCACGUCCGUUAUCUUAAUUGAGCCUUGCUGGGGUUGGGAGCCGGGUGUUGUCCAGGCUUACAGAUGAGAAGCGGAAGUCCUCAGAGGCAAAGGGAUUUGCCUAAAGUCCGACUGUGGCAGACCGGAUUCGGACUGAGAUUUUCUGGUUUCCUAGCUGGUGUUCUUUCUACUGCCCCAUUUCUAGGUCGAUUCCCUUCCUCCUUGUUCACUGGCCCCUUCUCAUUCUAUUUCACCCACCAGGGCAGGAUAGGUUCUUUUCUUUCCUAUUUCAAACCUGUCCGCUCACACAUUUUUCUUCUUAAGUCUUGGCACCUUCCCAAGUCCCCUUAAUAUUCUCUGCUACACUUCUGCUCUUCUUCAUUCUAGCUCUCAAGGUCUUUGCCCACUUUGUGAUAAUAAACCUCUCAACUAGUUGUGGAUCCUGGCGAGUGAAAUAACUGGGCUUCAGUGAGGCUUGGGGUGUUUAAGUGGACAAACUGGCGCCUGGGUUAAAAGUUAAGGAAUGAUAUUUGAGUGGGCCCAGAUUCAAGAGUCCUGUUUUCUAACCCGACAUGCUCUUCUCUGAAUGAGACUCUUAGUGCAUGAGAAGGUGUCUUGACCUCUUGGUCCUCUUGUUGGCGUUAGCACAACUUCACUUUUUACCCUCCCAUUUGCCAGUGACCCACAUGUCUCUCCACCACCUGUCAGGGCUAUGAAAGCCUCUGAUUAAAACCUAUAACCAAAUAACGGGUGUAAUCACAGACUCUGCUUUUUUUCUUUUACUAAGCCAGAAUUUCAACAAACUUACCACAUCCGUUUUUCAGAGAAGUUACCUAAUUCAGUUAUCAAUAUUUUCGGAGUAUACAUGGAAAGGAAAGAAGCGAAAAUGGAGUGCACUGAAAAUGGAUAGUACAUUCUUUAUCUUGUGAAAAUCUUGAUGUUAACAGCAUGUUCUCUUUCCACAGAAGUGGCCUGUUGUUGUAUUAAUAGUUCUUACUGGUUAUUAUACUGAAUCUGUUCUGUCUCCAAUCUGCUAAAUAUGAAUUCUGUAAAAUAAUACAAAUUGAUUAUUAUGUAAAAGAAAAACAGGACCAGGCACAGAGAAAUAAAUUUUAUUAUCCAUUAUCUAUCAUUUUUAAGAAUUUGUAAUAGCCACUGAGUAAUCUCACAUCUGUAUGCCUUUUAUACUUUUUUUUUUCUUUUAUACUUUUAAAAGAAUUUCUAUAAUUUACCUUUUAAUAUGGAUCCAGAUGUCAGGAUUAAACUACUGUGUAGAUAGUCUUUGGAGUAAAUUCAGCUGUACAUUUCUAAAGUAAAAUCAUUUUAUAAUUUUCAGAAAAUGCAGAUACAAAAUAAUCCGGGCAUUGUAUAUUAUAUCAAAAAGAAUAUCAGUUCUAAGUACUAUUUGAGACUUUAGGUUUAGUAUUUUGGGGGCACAUAUGAUCCGUUUUAAUAAUGAUCAACAGGCUUAUAUCUUAUUUCAUUAUCCUGGUGAGCAGGAUUGGAUGGUGAGAAAAGGAAAGAUUCCUGUGAGAAGAGAACAGGAUGAGCAGAGGGAUCUAUGCUUGAAGUUGAGUCACUUGAAAAAGAUCUCUUUGAAUGUGGAAGAGAUCUGAACAGAUGAAAAUACAAUCAGGAAAAUGCAACAUGGCAGCAGCGAUGGAAACAGAACAGCUGGGUGUUGAGAUCUUUGAAACCGCAGAGUGUGAGGAGAAUAUUGAAUCACAGGAUCGGCCUAAAUUGGAGCCAUUUUAUGUCGAGCGAUAUUCCUGGAGUCAGCUUAAAAAGCUGCUUGCUGAUACCAGAAAAUAUCAUGGCUACAUGAUGGCUAAGGCACCACAUGAUUUUAUGUUUGUGAAGAGGAAUGACCCAGAUGGGCCUCAUUCGGACAGGAUCUAUUACCUUGCUAUGUCUGGUGAGAACAGAGAAAAUACACUGUUUUAUUCUGAAAUUCCCAAAACCAUCAACAGAGCAGCAGUCUUAAUGCUGUCUUGGAAGCCUCUUUUGGAUCUUUUUCAGGCAACACUGGACUAUGGAAUGUAUUCUCGAGAAGAAGAACUAUUACGGGAAAGAAAACGCAUUGGAACAGUUGGAAUUGCUUCUUAUGAUUAUCACCAAGGAAGUGGAACAUUUCUAUUUCAAGCUGGUAGUGGAAUUUACCAUGUAAAAGAUGGAGGGCCACAAGGAUUUACUCAACAACCCUUACGGCCCAAUUUAGUGGAGACUAGUUGUCCCAACAUUCGGAUGGAUCCAAAACUAUGCCCAGCUGAUCCAGACUGGAUUGCUUUUAUACAUAGCAAUGAUAUUUGGAUAUCAAACAUUGUAACGAGAGAAGAAAGGAGGCUCACUUAUGUGCACAAUGAGCUAGCCAACAUGGAAGAGGAUCCCAGAUCAGCUGGAGUUGCUACCUUUGUUCUUCAAGAAGAAUUUGAUAGAUACUCUGGUUAUUGGUGGUGUCCAGAAGCUGAAACAACUCCCAGUGGCAGUAAAAUUCUUAGAAUUCUAUAUGAAGAAAAUGAUGAAUCUGAGGUGGAAAUUAUUCAUGUUACAUCCCCUAUGUUGGAAACAAGGAGAGCAGAUUCAUUCCGUUAUCCUAAAACAGGCACAGCAAAUCCAAAAGUCACUUUUAAGAUGUCAGAAAUACUGAUUGAUGCUGAAGGAAGGAUUAUAGAUGUCAUAGAUAAGGAACUAAUUCAGCCUUUUGAGAUUCUGUUUGAAGGAGUUGAAUAUAUUGCCAGAGCUGGAUGGACUCCAGAGGGAAAAUAUGCGUGGGCCAUCCUACUAGAUCGCUCUCAAACUCGCCUACAGAUAGUGUUGAUCUCACCUGAAUUAUUUAUCCCAGUAGAAGAUGAUGCCAUGGAAAGACAGAGAUUCAUCGAGUCAGUGCCUGACUCUGUGACACCACUGAUUAUCUAUGAAGAAACAACAGACAUCUGGAUAAAUAUCCAUGACAUCUUUCAUGUUUUUCCCCAAAGUCAUGAAGAUGAAAUUGAAUUUAUUUUUGCCUCUGAAUGCAAAACAGGUUUCCGUCAUUUAUAUAAAAUCACAUCCAUUUUAAAGGAGAGCAAAUAUAAACGAUCCAGUGGUGGGCUGCCUGCCCCAAGUGAUUUCAAGUGUCCUAUCAAAGAGGAAAUAGCAAUUACCAGUGGUGAAUGGGAAGUUCUUGGCCGGCAUGGAUCUAAUAUCCAGGUUGACGAAGUCAGAAAGCUGGUAUAUUUUGAAGGCACCAAAGACUCUCCUUUAGAACAUCACCUGUAUGUGGUCAGUUAUGUAAAUCCUGGAGAGGUGACGAGGCUGACUGACCGUGGUUAUUCACAUUCUUGCUGCAUCAGCCGGCAUUGUGACUUCUUUAUAAGUAAGUAUAGUAACCAGAAGAAUCCACACUGUGUGUCCCUUUACAAGCUGGCAAGUCCUGACGGUGACCCAACCUGCAAAACAAAAGAAUUCUGGGCCACUAUCUUGGAUUCAGCAGGUCCUCUUCCUGACUAUACCCCUCCAGAAAUUUUUUCUUUUGAAAGCACUACUGGAUUUACAUUGUAUGGGAUGCUGUACAAACCUCAUGAUCUACAACCUGGAAAGAAAUACCCCACUGUGCUGUUUAUAUAUGGUGGUCCUCAGGUGCAGUUGGUGAAUAAUCGGUUUAAAGGAGUGAAGUACUUCCGACUGAACACCCUGGCCUCUCUGGGCUAUGUGGUUGUGGUGAUAGACAACAGGGGGUCCUGUCACCGAGGGCUUAAAUUUGAAGGCGCCUUUAAGUAUAAAAUGGGUCAAAUAGAAAUUGACGAUCAAGUGGAAGGACUCCAGUAUCUAGCCUCUCAAUAUGAUUUCAUUGACUUAGAUCGUGUGGGCAUCCAUGGCUGGUCCUAUGGAGGAUACCUGUCCCUAAUGGCGUUAAUGCAGAGGUCAGAUAUCUUCAGGGUUGCUAUUGCUGGGGCCCCAGUCACUCUGUGGAUCUUCUAUGAUACAGGCUACACGGAACGUUAUAUGGGUCACCCUGACCAGAAUGAACAGGGCUAUUACUUAGGAUCUGUGGCCAUGCAGGCAGAAAAAUUCCCCUCUGAACCAAAUCGUUUACUACUCUUACAUGGGUUCUUGGAUGAGAAUGUUCAUUUUGCACACACCAGUAUAUUACUGAGUUUUUUAGUGAGGGCUGGAAAGCCAUAUGAUUUACAGUUUGUAAUCGUGGACAAGAUGACAGGAGUCCAUUCACUAUCCUCCUUUGCUUUUCUUCUUCCCCUUGGAAGGAUCUAUCCUCAGGAGAGACACAGCAUAAGAGUUCCUGAAUCUGGAGAACAUUAUGAACUGCAUCUUUUGCACUACCUUCAAGAAAACCUUGGAUCACGUAUUGCUGCUCUGAAAGUGAUAUAAUUUUGACCUGUGUAGAACUCUGGUAUACACUGGCUGUUUAACCAAAUGAGGAAGUUUAAAUUUAAUCAAUAGAGAAUUGAUCAUCACAUUUUGGUACUUGCCACAUAACAUCUACUUCUGAAAGUAUAUCUGGUGCCAUGCAGGUGUUUACAGCUUGUGGAUAGUAAUCUAAUACCUUAACCAUACACACACAAAAUUAAAUGACACAUAUUUCUAAGGGACCCAGCAAUACCUUGAGAAUCACUGAAAGAAAUAAGACAUUAGCACCAUGUAUUCAUGCUACCUUAUUUUCAUUUUUAAUAACAUUAUGAAACCUCAUGGACUUAGUGUAUUUUUACAGUAUACUUCUGAGUUUGUUAAAAUAUGAUAUUAGUGAUUGGCUUGGUUCAAUUCCAGAAUCUCUGACUAGUUACAGAUUUGAUAGCACUUAAAUGUAAUUGAAUAGCUUCUGCUUCAUUGCUUGGGGUGUAUCCAGCAUGUUAUAAACUAAUCACUAUUAAACCUAUGACUUAACCAAUCAUUAAUGAUUGUUCAAGGUUAAGUUAGUGGCCUCCUAAAGACACUUACUUUGUUUCAUUCAAACUCUGACCAGUUUUUAGCCAAUUUAAAUUGUAUCUAGUAUAAAUGGUUCUCUUUGAUGAUAUGACCAGGUGGGUUUUUCUUUUCACAUAAAGGCAAGUAACUGUAUAUGUAGCAUGAUUAUAAUAUUGAUAAUUACAGGCAGGAAAAUUUUAACCAGAUAAUUAGAGCUUAAAUAUUUGCAGGCAGUUCCUUUUCCUUUGGGAAAAGAAAAAAAUACACAUUCACUCGUAUUCUUCAGAAAAUUUAGUGGUGCCAUUUUCCAUUGGGUAUUUCCACGUUGAAAUGUUCCAGAGUUUUAGGGCAGUGGAAGGGAAUUUUGGUGGAGUCGGGGAGACCAGGGUGUGGAGAAUGGCAAGGGACUGCUUAAGAACUAAGCAGAAGUAUAAUCUGACCAAAAAUACUCAUGAAGAACUUUAAGAAUUGAAAUUUAAACUCCUAGAAUAUUAGCUAAGGAAACCAGAAUUAAGAGAUCACUCUCUUGCCAACAGUUACAGACUAACAUUAUUCAGGGGAAGAAAAGCUGCUUACAGUUACUUUUACAUUUCUAAUUCUCACUUUUUGUUAUUUUCUUCUUAAUUUUGGAAGCCUUACAAAUUGAAACUUUCUCUAACCUUUAUAAAUUAUUUGAGCAUCCUUUAAAUAUUGUGAUCUUAAAAUACAGAGGUUUCCAGACAACCUCUUUACUAUAAACUGAUCCCCAGCCAGCCAUGACUCUCUUUUUCAGUGUUCAAAGCUUAUAAGCGAUUUCUUGAAUGGUCAUGACAUGUUCCUGAUUUAGCCCUAGCGCUUGACUAUUAAGGGAGCUCAUAGUGCUGAUUGGUGCUGAUUGGGAUCUGUCAUCUUAGAAUCAUAGGGUGCUAGCUGGGUCAUAUCGGAGCUAGUGUCAGAGAAGGCACCCAAGAGUUUGACCCUUUUUAGCACAAGCCUCAAUGUUUGGAAAGUUGCUAUCAGUACUUCUAAACAGUGUUCCGAAAGAAAAAAAUUGUACUCUCUCUCACCAUUACAGAAUGAAUAGAUUCCUAUCCUAGAGAGCACAGCCUCCAUUAGUAAGGAUAGCUGUGCUUGAGAUGUGGACUUCAUCUUUGAGGGCCACAUGGGAGGUGGGAGAGGUCCAGAGAUGGCAGGGUGACCUGGUGGUUCUGUCCGUGGAGGGGGAUUGGGUUUUGCUGUUUUUGUAUUUAUACUGUAUUAUAGAUACCACACUUUUCCCUAUGACUGUAUAUGUAUUGAUUUUCUUGUUUAUGAUAUUUUCCCAUGCUGAGAUAUGUUUAUAUUCUUUUCAAUGUUAAAUUAAAUUGAUUUGGGUAAUAUUCUUCCCCAAAAAAGUAUUUUCCCCCAUGACUAAAGUUUGUAUCUGAUUACUGAAGACAAUUUUUGUUUGUGGACCUAGUUGGCCUCCGAGGAUAUAUCCUUAUAUAAUAUGCAAAGUAGAAAUGGCCUACAGUAGCUCUUAGACAGCUGUUCAUUUGAAACCGCUUACCCAGUAUGGCUGUGUUUUCAAAAUGACAUCUCGUAUUUUACCAAAACAAACCUUAAGGAACCUCAUGGACUCUCAGAUUCACAGGUAUUUUCCUUUUGCAUCUUGCCAUCUGCUUUCCUCCCAUCACAAGGAAUGUUUCUGUUAUCAUUCCCUGUCAGUCACUUAAAGGCCAUUCUCCUUCUAUAGAGGGGGGAAAUACCUGACUGAAUUUGCAUGCAAAAAGACAACUUGAAUGAAUUUGAUUUUUAAAAUCAAUGUGAAAAACAUAGUCAAUUCAGGCAAUCUGUAGAAACCUCACUAAAACUAUUUGUACCCCGUGUACGGGCAGCAAACUAAAAGGCAAGAGUGUAGCAGCAAUUUUAGUGAGAACCAAAAAGUACUAGGUUAAACACCAAGGGGGAGUGUUGCAGGUUUGAUCAUUGAAUGCACUUGAACAACCAUCAGGUAGGUAUGGUUGCUUGUGUGUUGAGCAGUGAGACUCUUGAACCUCACUCUUAGAAAUUUGGGUUUGGUUGAUUAAGUGGAGACCAGGAAUCUGCAUUCCUAGCAAGCGUUCCAGGUGACUCUAAAGCAAGUCAUUUGUGGGGCUAUUUUAAGAAGUAGGACUGAGUUGGAUUAAGAAAAUAAUAGGUGAUUUUUACACUGAACUGAUUUUCAAGAACCUAAAACAAUAGUCAAGAUAGCUCCUCAUACAAUAAUUAUUGGCCAUUUUUUCACUCUGAAAGAAGCAGAAGGUAUCAUUAACUGUAUCGCCCCUUGGUCUGGAGAUUAAUUUUGGAAUGAAGGUUUUUCCCUCUUGCCAUUCCUGGCUUGGUUCCAGUGCCUCAUACAUAAGAGGAAGAAGUCACAAUGCAUGCAUGAUUUUUCAAAAGAAUGAGGUAAUAGAUACUGAUGCUUACUUUUACUUGUUUUAUUUCUUAAAGAAAAGUGUAUCCCACCUCUCUGUAACAUUGUUCUCUCUUUAGGUGGAAUGAUUCCUAUGAGAUCUCUCAUUAUAGAAUUAUAGAACUUUCAAGCUCUUAUAUCUUUGAUAUAAUCUGAUGUUCUCGUUUUUUAGAGGAGGAACCUCCAUAUAGAGAGGAGAAAAUACACCCAUGGCCACCCUUAGUGCUCCAUCCAGAUAUUCCAACUCAUGAUAGUUAAAUGAUAUGUAGAAAAGGCAAAUUUUUAAAGAAGUAUUUAUUAAUAUAUUCCUAUGAAACAUUUUAAAGAUAACAUAAAAUGGUUAAUUUUUCCAUUCUGAAGUAAAUGCUAAGCAUGCUUAUUAAUGAAGCAGUACUUCUAAUUAGUAUAUGACAUUCUGAAGUUAAUUAAAAUUGUUACACUCAACGUGUCUUCCUCGGUGUAGUGGGAGGUUUGGGGCUUGGGAUAUAAAGUGCUUGUUUAAGCCUAGGAACCCAAAUUAGAGCCAUUUAAAGUAAGCAAAGCGACAUGGCCAUAUCUAAACUAAGAUAAGGAAGCUGAGUGUCCAUUCCCAGCAGACAUAGGAGACUUUUCUGACUUUCACCUUCCCACAGCCCAACCUCGCCUAUCCAUCUUGCAGCCUAAAAUAGGAGGCAUGUUAGUGCAAGGUGCUGGCUCCAGUUUUUUCUUACUUUGUCAAAAGACAGUUCUAGGUAAUCAUUUAAGUCCCUCACAGAGAGAGAGAAGUAGUGUUUGUAUGUUUGUUUUUAAAUAACCCAAAUACAAAUUUAUGUUGUAUUCAGCACAAUUGGAGUUCAGGUCUUUAAUUUUAGAAUAUAAAGUGCCUGCUGUUUUAAGCGUUGACUUGUAUAAAAAGAACUGCAUGUCUCACUCCAGUAAGUUUAUGGGUUUUCUCAUUUUCAGCUACAUGGCUUUUAAUCAUGUAAAGUGAAACAUUAGUUUUGUUGCAUUUUAUUACAGGUUCUUUGUUGCAAUAAAGAUGCUGCUAAAAUUAA